CUCCGGCGCGCCACGAUGUGGGUCACCCCGGCGCUGGCUCUGGCCGCCGCCGGCUUGCUCGGGCUGCUGCUGGCCGUGCUGCCCGGCCGUCUGCGGCCGUACGCCUUGGCCGACUUGGCCUUCCUGGUGCGCGCCUGGCGCUGCCGCCGCCGGCUCCUGCGAGGCAAGACGGGCGCGCUCAGCCUGGCGCAGCGCUUCGGGCGCCUGUGCCGAGCGCGGCCCGAGCGCGUCUUCGUGCGCUUCGAGGAGCGCAGCUUCACCUACUGCCAAGCCGAGCGCCAGAGCAACCGCGUGGCCAACGCGCUGCUCCGCUUGCCCGACGGGCACCCGCCGCUCCUGCCCGGCCAGACGGUGGCGCUCUUGGUGGGCAACGAACCCACCUUCAUCUGGGCCUGGAUCGGCCUGGCCAAGCUGGGCGUCGUGCCGGCUUUCCUGGGCACCGCGCUCCGCCGAGGGGCGCUGCUCCACUGUGUGCGCACUUGCGGCGCCAGGGCGGUCCUGGUGGCGCACGAGCUUUUUGAAGCUGUGGAGCCCAUCCUUCCCGGUUUGGAGGAAAUGGGCGUUGCGGUCUGGGUGUUGGGGAAGGGGCCCUAUCCUCCCAAAGUGACUGCACUCCAGGAUCUGUUGGAGAAAGCGUCUGAGGAGCCGGUCCCCUCUGAACUCUCCACUCCUGGCAACUUGUCGGACACCUGCCUCUACAUCUUCACCUCGGGGACCACAGGACUCCCCAAGGCGGCUCGCAUCAGCCACCUGAAAUCCAUCAUGUGCUUGGGCUUCUACCAGCUGGUGGGGGCAUCCAGUUCGGACGUUAUCUACGUGGCCUUGCCCCUCUACCACAUGUCGGGGAGUCUACUGGGGGUCAUCGGCACUCUCGGCCUCGGGGCCACUUGUGUUCUGAAGAAGAAAUUCUCUGCCAGCCAGUUUUGGCCCGACUGCCGGCACCACGGCGUCACCGUCUUCCAGUACAUCGGGGAGCUAUGUCGCUACCUGGUCAACCAGCCACAGAGCCCCAGAGACCGGGAACACACCUUGCACAUGGCGGUGGGCAGCGGCCUUCGCCCGGAUGUCUGGCGUGAAUUCCUGCGCCGAUUUGGGAACCUGAAGAUCGUGGAGACCUAUGGCAUGACCGAAGGGAGCGUCAGCCUCUUCAACUACGUGGGGGCCGUGGGGGCCGUGGGCCGCGCCUCUUGGCUCUAUAAGAUGUUUGUCCCCUUUGAACUGGUCCGUUACGACGUGCUUCGAGGUGCUGCAAUCCGGGACAAGGCGGGACGGUGCCAGCGUGUCAGGAGAGGGGAGCCCGGCCUUCUGAUCUCUCCCGUGACUCCGCAGACACCUUUCCAGGGCUACGCCGGAGGGCGCGAGCUGUCGGAAUCCAAGCUCCUCCACGGGGUCUUUGCCGGCGGAGACACCUAUUUCAACACCGGCGACCUGAUGGUUCAGGACAAGCGAGGCUUCGUCAGUUUCUGGGACCGCACCGGAGACACCUUCCGGUGGAAAGGGGAGAACGUGGCCACGACAGAAGUAGGCGAGAUCCUGGGAAGCCUGGACAGCUUGCUGGAAGUCACUGUUUAUGGUGUCACAGUUCCAGGGCAUGAAGGCCGAGCAGGAAUGGCCACCGUGGUGCUGAAGCCGGGACAGGAGUUUGACAGUGCCCAGGUCUACACGCACGUUGUGGAGCUCCUCCCGCCCUUCGCCCGCCCUCGAUUUCUGCGCAUCCAGGAACACUUGGAGGUGACGGACACCUUCAAGCAGAAGAAGGUCCGCCUGGCAGACGAAGGCUUCAACCCGACGCUGAUCUCGGACCCGCUCUUCUUUCUGGACGAUGCUGCGAAGUCGUACGUCCCUCUGACCCACAGCGCCUGGGAGGGGAUAGCUGCUGGCCACAUCCGGUUAUAACCUGCACCCCCUUCUCCUGAUACGUACCCGAACCCCAGUGCUCUGAGCUGGAGGCCGCAGGGUAUGCUUGAAGACUCCAGCCUCCUUCGUUUUCACCUUAGCCUUAAAGGCCCUCGUGCCUCUUUCUACACCCCUGGAUUUUCUCUCCUAGCUGUGCCCCAGGGUGACCCCACGCCUCUGCUGGUGGUGUGCCCCCUUAGCGAGGACUUAACGCCCCCUCCUAGCCCCUCCACGCAAACGAAGAUGGGGAACUUAUUCCUGCCCAGAUGUUGCUGGACUCAACCUCCGAUCGUCCUUGACCCCUGGGGGCCGUUGAGAGUUGGGAGCCCGUGACCUGACGGUUACCUGCUUUACACCUCUGUAUGUGUAGAAAUUCGUAUUUGUUCUGUGGUGGUUUGCAAUCUUGCUACUGUUACUGCUGCUGAUCUACUGCAGAUCACCCAGAAAUCAACCAGCAGAUCCUCACUUUCAUUUUUUCCUCCUCUGUAAGAAUUUCCCUUCCUGGGUUGGGCAAAAGGCAGGGCUUGGGGACCUGUUGUUGGACUACAACUCCCAUCAUCCCUGACCCGCUGGCUGUGGGGCCUGCUGGGAGUUGGAAACCAAGCACCUUGUCAAACGACAGCUCCCAUCGUUCGUGGCCACUGGCUGUGCUGACUGGGGCUACUGGGAGUCGCGGUCCUAGAGCAUCAUGGUUCGACAGCCCCCAUCGGCCCUGAUGGCUGGUGAUGCUCGUUGCAGGGGCUGAUGGGAAUAUCCUCGCUCCCCAUGCUGUGGCCCAGCAACUAACUUAUUUCCAGUAGUGCCCAGCCCCGUCGCCUUUGGGGAAACUUGCAAAGCAGGUCGCGGAGGCUGACGGGCCGUAGUGGUCAAAACCGUGAGCCGUCCUCCAGUUCUGAUGUCGACUCAGCCCCAUCCGGUGGUCUUCACCCAGCUGCUGUGCCUCAGAUACUUCGGUUCCCCCAUCCGCAGUAGGGAGAAACAGAACACCAGCCCGCCUUACAAGACUGUUGUGCGAAUCGCUGAAAUGACACAUGGACUGGACAAACCACAUCAAGUAUUAUUUUCACGAUGUUCUCUGGGCUGGGAUGAGAAGCGGGGUAUUUUUGUGCUCCUCUGCUCUGCCGACGAGGUGUUCGCAGGCAAUGGGCCUGCUUUUAGGAGUUAGCAGGCCUGGCUUUGAGGUGAGGGGCUUGUGAGGGAACUAUGGGUUGGGGUUGGGUUUCCCCCCUACUUUUUCUAU